CGCUGCGGUAGUGCGGAUCCGUUCUGUGGUGUGUCUCCGCUGUGUUCGUAGUGCCGACCGUGUCUUCUGCCUGUUCGUGGCCUCUGUUUCGUGUCUCUGCUUUCUGAGACCUAAUCUCGGUGUAUACAAAAAAGUCGCUUUUCUCCUGUAUAGAUUCUGCCUAGUUCGUGUAAUCGGAAGAAAGUCGUACCGUAUUUUGUAAGGAUUUUAUUUUCAUUGUCCGGAAAAAAGGGCGAAACUAGUGUUCCGGAUUGGAGGAAAAGUGUGUGUAUCGAAAGGAAAAUCGUGUAAUUUGUGCAAUUUGCUCCACUCGCGGAGGCAUCGUGCGGAGAAGUAACAUGACGCCGCAAACCAAGUGACUAUUAUUUUGUGGCACACAGAACGCAAAGUUUAAGGAUAGUUUUGUUCGGUUCCACGGAGUGAAAUCUAGUAGUAAAUAGAGUUAUUGUUCUGUUUCUUUGACCGUGAAAGCAUCUGAUUUUGCUUUGCUAGUAGACGGCAGAAGAGUAGUGCUCUGCUAUUUGUGUGUUGUUCUCGCAAGUGUUCUUAGCGCAAAAUGCCUGACCACGACAUAGAGAUUAUUACCAGCGAACAGUUGCACAGUGAGCUGCGAAAAUCGCACAAAAAUUUUAUCAUCCUCGAUUGCCGCAGUUCUAAUGAGUUCGCGGAAAGCCACAUCCGUACGGCGGUGAAUUUCAGCAUUCCAAGCAUCAUGCUGCGGCGGUUCGCCGCUGGCAAGAUCGACAUUACCUCGACGAUCAAGUGUCGUGAUUUGAAGGAAAGGAUUCUGUCCUGCUACAAGGAGAGUACCUUCGUGUUGUACAACAAUAGCAACGAUGUGGUGAUCAACGAUCCGGGCUACAAUAAUCAGACGACGAAUGACACUACCAUCAACGUGUUGCACAGAAAACUCAAGCAAGAUGGCUGCCGUGUCGUGUGUCUUGAAGGCGGCUAUGCGAACUUUCGGCAGUCGUUUCCGGAAUGGUGCGAGGAUGAAGUCAUAAACGCUAACCUGCAGUCGGGAUGUGCCGCUACCGAACAACUGAUGGGAUUGAGAUCGCUCCGCAUAUCCAUUCCGUUCUCGGACUCGGCCUGCAGCAGCAGCACCGAAUCGUCCGAUUGUGAAAGUACAACGAAUUAUCUCGCCGAACCGGUUAAGGUCGAACCGGUGGAGAUCUUGACUGGCCUCUUCCUUGGAAACGCUUCCCACAGCGAAGAUAUCAAAUCGCUAAAAAAGUACAACAUUAAGUAUAUUUUAAAUGUGACUCCUGAUUUGCCAAAUGUUUUCGAACGUGACGGACAUAUAAAGUAUCUGCAGAUUCCUAUAACCGAUCACUGGUCGCAGGAUCUGGCCGGGCAUUUCCCAAAUGCAAUAAAAUUUAUCGAUGAAGCCCGUUCGAAAGGUGUGGGAGUGCUGGUACACUGCCUAGCGGGCGUCUCGCGAUCGGUAACGGUGACCCUCGCCUACAUUAUGUUCGCCCAGACGCUCCGCCUAAACGAUGCGUUCUCGCUGGUCCGAGCUCGCAAACCGGAUGUUUCCCCAAACUUCCACUUUAUGGAGCAGUUGCACACCUUCGAACGGCAGCUAAACGUCGACUCGAACCACCGGGCCAAGCUACUGCCCGGCGGUGCCGGUGUUGGCGGUUGUUCCUCCGCGUCAACGCCCUCGUCGUCGUCGCACAGCCGAGUAGAGUUUCCGUCCUCCAGCGGAUUGGGCCUACGGCGCAAUCUAUCCGGCGAUCAGCCACAAGAUCGGAGCAGCAGUGGACCGCGGACACACUUGGGCAAGUACAGCUGCACCUGUUUCGAAGUCGAGUGCAAAUGUACCCAGGCAGCUAUCGAACUACUGGGACCGUUCAGUAGCGGUAUUUCGCCUGACUCCGGCAUCGAAUUCGACCGGUGGACACCCAGUAGUGACACACCCAAAUGAGAUUUUGCCGUAGAGAAAAGGUUCACUCUUCCAGACCCGAUCCAACUGCCAUCAACCGAAUCGUCUUCACAGCCGUCUUCGAUUGCGUCGCCACCCUCUGAACACCAGCAGCAGCCGCAGCAGCAGCAGUAAAAUUGCAGUAGGCAGGAUCUGAAAGGUAGAACUUUUUCUCUACACAGCCAUAAACAGAUGAAGCAGGAAGAAAAAUCAGGUUUGUCCAAAACCCACAGUUUGUUGUAGCUAAAUGAGCAGAUUUUAUUGUAGAACAUUGUAAAAUGUCGUUACUUUCCUCAAAGGAGAUAGAAACAUGUCUGAGGAGCGAAACUUUAUCACUGUUCUGGUCUAGCAUCCUAAACUAGAAUCUUGGAGGAAAUUUCUCCGCGUUGUCAAACGAACCCCCAGUUAGAAGGUCCCGCCAUUCCGGACAGCUAGAAUGAUAUUGACCGAAUGUUUUUGACGUGAGUUUGUCUCGAAUCGCAAGCGAAAGGGACUUAGAUCGUUCGUUUCGGCACUCUAAGCGUGCACUGAUUUUUUUUAGAAAUAUUUUGACAAAAGCUUAUCUCGCGGCCCAACCGCCGAGUCAGGGAAUACUUACUCAAAUUUGAUCCAGUAAAAGUAAAUAACCUUAAAUUUGUAGCAUUAGUAGUGAUUUUUCUAACGCAGAGAAGAAACGAAUUUCAAAGUUUGUUCAAACAAAAAGUCCAACCCGUGGCCGAAAACAGAAGUAAAAUAUAACCGACGCCAUCAUACAUACCGCGAUGAUGCAGACCUAGCAGAAUGAUAAGCGCGCGCCAGGUGUUCCCUGGACUGUUUGCAAAAUGUACAACUAAUCACGUUACUAUCGAUAAGCGAGGUAAUUAAAGCUUCAAUUAAAUAAAAACUUUAAAACACAAAUUUGAACUAAAUGAGGAAAUAACUUAUGAUGUAAUAUAGUAACACAUUCUCAAAACGAAUGAAUGAGUACACAAAAAAGCCAAGAUAAAGUAGAACUGAACAAAACACACACACACGCAGCAAUUAUUUAUGUUGACUUUUGAUUAUUAUUAUUAUUAUUAUUAAUGAUAAAUAAAUAAAAAAAAAUCUAUUAUGUGAAUCAAUCCAGCUGUCUGCCAGAGGCAGAACUAGCCAAAUUAAAUACUGUAUUAAUUGAAGAUGGGCAGUCACGUAAGUGUUAAUGAAUUAAUACUGCAAAGUUGUGUAAUUAUUAAAAGUUUAACCAAACACACACACACACACAAACACCCGAACACACACACAUCAGUAACUGUUUAUAUACAAGACAAGGGCAAAACUUUAAUGAAUUCCAUUCUAACCGAUUUAGACACAGACUAAAAAAGCGAAUCGCAGAAUCCUACCUACUAAAAAUAGUACAGAACAAAACUACAGAAACUUUAACUAGAGAAAAACAAGAGUUAGAGAGAAAGAGCGAAAAAGCGAGCGCCAGCCUAGAGAAAAAAAAACCCCUUCCCGAAAUAUUCAACCGAAUGCCGCGUUCCGGAUUGCCUACGGGGCAAAACAAAACUGUUGUAGGGUGUAACUGUAGUUUGUCGCAGCUCUAAUAUUCGCCGCGCGGUUGAAGGCUCUCUUUUGUCAACCCCCCGCCCCCGGCUUGGUGAUCAAAGUAUAAUCGCGACUAUUUUUUUUUUCUCAGUAAAACAAACAAAAGAAGAAUCGACGCUAAAUGGAUUAAUAUUGAAAGAAAAACGUUGUAGAAAUAUAUUCAUGAUAUUUA